ACAGUGGCUGACACAACUGCAGCUGAUGCUACAACAACAGUUGCUGAUGCAACAACGGCUGAUGUUACAACAGCAGUUGCUGACACAACUACAGUGGCUGACGCAAUUACGGCAGAUACUACAGCAGCUGAUGCUACAAGUACAGUGGCUGACACAACUACAGCUGAUGCUACAACAACAGUUGCUGAUGCAACAACGGCUGAUGUUACAACAACAGUAGCUGACACAACUACAGUGGCUGACGCAACUACGGCAGAUACUACAGCAGCUGAUGCUACAACUACAGUGGCUGACACAACUGCAGCUGAUGCUACAACAACAGUUGCUGAUGCA